CGUGCUUCGCUGGGCGCGUUGCUGCGGGACUCUAUGAAUCACUGGCCAGCGCUGGUGCACGCUCGUCGCACAGCAGCGCUAAUGCAGGGCCAAAACCAAGGAGAGCGGCAGGCUGGAGACCACAGCAACUUUCAGUCUCCUGAUCGCAUAAAUACUCUUGUGAUCAAGCAAAGCUGCGCGGCGUGUGGUGAAGGACUCCAGCCAACAGUUCAGAGGCGUUCGGCUCCUCUCGGACCGCAUGCGCCGCCAACUAUGCGGCGCACUGCUCAUAGCACGCCUCGCAGCAGCCGCGUGGGGCGUCCGCGAGGCGCUCGACCGCCACCGCGACCGGCCGUGGAUGGAAAUGAUCCAGGACGAGUUGCGCAGUCACCGCGUCGUCGUCUACAGCAAGACGUUCUGUCCGCACAGCCGGGCCGUGAAGGAAAUAUUACGAUCGCUCUCCCAGGGGUACGUCGCGGUCGAGCUCGAUCACGUCGCGCACGGCAGAGACCUGCAGCGGGCGCUCGCGAGGCUGACGGGCGUGGCCACGGUCCCGCAAGUCUUCGUCGACGGCCAAUUCGUGGGCACGGCCGACGGGACGCGCGAAGCGCUGGCGUCGGGGCGGCUGGCGCGGCUCCUGAACGCCAGGUUGCCGGAUAGUGCCGUCGAGCUGUGCGCCAGUGGCUGCGUCGCCCGUUGCGACGUGCGAGGUAAUCUCGGCGACUGCGGCGUCAUAUUCAAUCGGGGCGACGACUGGCUGAAGGAUCGCUGGCAGGCGGCGUCGGACAUGGGCGGGACGGCGAUACCAGGACCCCACAAGGUCGAGAUCGAUUUUGGACGCGCCGUGAGCGUGUGCUCCGUAGAAAUCGACUGGGAGACUGCCUACGCCGACGAUUAUACGAUACAUCUCGACGGCGAGCGCGUCUUCGACGGCGCGGCGCCGGGCACCAGCAGACGCGCGCGGAUGAGCGGAAAGAGUCCCGGGGUAAAGGGGAGACCGCUGCACGUCGUUCACGACGUCACGUUAGACGAAUGCGUGCUGGCGCGAGCACUGACCCUCGACAUCCAUCGAGGAGCAACUCCAUGGGGCGUCUCCAUCUGGCACGUGGGCGUCAUGGGGACUGUAUCCUGACGGCAAAUCGAUUCUAAUGCUUGUAACGCUUGACCGCGACCCGCGCGCCGCCGCGACAGGAGAGAUCGUCCAGUCUCCACGCCAUCGAGCAGGCGCGUCGGUGGCAUGAUAGUCGUAAUUUAAAUGUGAAA